AUGAGUUUACAGAUUGUUUUACCUUUGGAUCCAUUGGAAACUUCUGGAUUGACUUCUAAUAAUGUUAGAGAGUUUUUAGAGAAGUGCCAAGUUAGAGAUAUUGUAUUUUUUGACGAAAGUGUUCUGGGAUAUGUUGUGCAUGAAGGCUCACUAGACCAAGAAACUGGUUUUGUUCAAUGUGAGGUUGCCAUUUUACAACUAAAUAACGUGGAAGAAAAGGACCCUUUAAAUUAUGUGAAUCUGGAAAACAAAAUUAGUUUAACUUUGGGUAAAGAGGAACUCGUUUAUGACAACGAUUUAAUCCAGAUUUGGAAAUUUGAAAUACCAGUCACUUAUCCACGGAAAAGACUUAAUAAUCCAAAAUUGUGUAUCAGUUGUAGUUUGGUGAAUGAAAACAAUGAGACUUUGGUUGUGGAAAAUGAAUCAUUUCUGGAGGAAACAUUGGCCAACUACGUCCCAUGUAUGAAGAGAAAUCUACUAGCAGAAUUGGACCAUCAAAUAGAUUUUAUUGACACGUCGAAUGAUGUUCUAGAAACGGGUAUAACUGUUCAGGAAAACUCAAUAAUAGACAAACCAAAUGUACGGGCAUUUAUCAGCGUUCCUGUCACUAUUUCCCUAGUAAUAAAACUUAAGUCAACGAAACCAGCUGGAAGAAACGGCAUGCUCUUGGCGACUCUCAACAUUGAGUCUUCCGAAGAGUUUACAAAGAUUGCUAACAACAAAGAUUAUCAUUUUGAUAUCAUGGAUAUGGAAGUCGACUUCAAGUCUGGUUCAGUUCAGCCAAUAAAUUCUAUAAUUCCAAUUCGAAUCCAACAUACUGACUCUGUCAAUUUGGCAUACAAAUUCAAUAACUAUGAGAUGGAUUUCAAAGAAACCACAUCUUCGAGACCUAUAAAUAUAAAUUUAACACUACGAGUACAGCGAGUUGUUAAUGGUGAGUUCCGAAAUGUGAGUAGCAUCAUUCAAACAGAGUGGUCGCCAUAUCUUGAUUUUGGUUUGAUUGCCCCGCCAAUAAACAAUGCGUUGAAAACAACGAUUAAUGCAAUGCAGCUGCAAUCGCAACCUACAAUUCCUAUAAAUAAUAUUCGUCACAAAGCUUUAAUGAGUAAUCUAUACAAACUAAAGGGUGCUAGUCUAUCAAACACUAACAACAUCACCAGUAGUACUACAAACAUAAGACGAAAUAGAGUGUCUUUGGCCAACCCAAGCGGACGCACUUCAUCGGUGACAGUCAACUUGACAAUGGGGAACAAUUCGUCUCUUACUGGACUAAGACUUACUUUUGUGGGUAAGCUCGACAUUAAGUUGGGUGAAGUUGUAAACUGGAAGAUACAAGCAAUCAACAAUUCCAUGAGUAGACUAAAUUUGUCGUUGUUAGUGCAAAAUCCAAUCAAUUUCAAUCCUGUUUACAGUGGAACAAAUAUCACAACAAAUAAUUUUUCAUCUUCAAAUUUACUUAAUAAUAAUGGCGGUAUACGCAAUAAUGAUGUAAUUAUAUACAACAGGGUACAGCUAUAUUCAUUGUAUAAUUCCUUGAAAGUCAAUGGCGAUGGAGAAGGUAUUUUAAUUCUUAACAAUGACAUUCGAAUGGGUCCUUUGGAUCCAAAUGCUGUCUUUGAGACGGAGAUUCAAUUGAUUGGUGUUUCCAAAGGUAUAUUCAACUUGAAUGGUGUUAAAGUAUUUGAUAUGAAUAGUGGUGAUGGCAUUGAUUUUGGUAAGUUAGUAGAAGUAUUUGUAAUUUAA